CGGGAGAGAUGCGAUGCUCUCACUGCGGAGGAUAGCGGGACCUGGAGCUGUCUGCGCUGAAUUGCGGUGACCAACGCACAGACCCCUGCUUUAGGACGAGCAGGGACUGCUUCUUGGUGCCAAGCGUUACAGACCCCUCUUCUUGCUAGGAUGGAAGGCAGUGGCUGUGCCUGGGGGACUGACGUGGUGCCACCUGGUGGCGCAGGGGAGAACAGCAGUGUCUUCGAGGUGCCAGUGCAGAACACCUCCUCCAACAGCAGCUCCCAGUUCGCAGGGGUGAAGCUGCUGCAGUCCUUCAAGCCCCUUAUCAUCCCCUGCUAUGCGCUCGUGGUGCUGGUGGGGAUCUUUGGCAACUACCUGCUCCUCUACGUCAUCUGCCGCACGCGCAAGAUGCACAACGUCACCAACUUCUUCAUUGGCAACCUGGCCUUCUCCGAUAUGCUGAUGUGCGCCACCUGCGUGCCCUUCACUCUCGCCUACGCCUUCAACCCGCGGGGCUGGGUUUUCGGACGCUUCAUGUGUUACCUGGUGUUCCUCAUCCAGCCCGUGACCGUUUACGUGUCUGUGUUCACUCUAACCGCCAUAGCUGUGGACAGGUACUACGCCACAGUGCACCCUCUGAAGAAGCGAAUCUCAGUGCCAGCUUGUACCUACGUCCUAGCUGGUAUCUGGCUGCUGUCCUGCGGUCUGGUGGCGCCUGCCAUCGCUCACACUUACCACGUGGAGUUCCAGGAGGAGGGCUUCACCAUCUGCGAGGAAUUCUGGAUGGGCCAGGAACAAGAGCGCCUGGCCUACGCUUACAGCACCCUCAUCAUGACCUACAUCCUGCCCCUGUCUGCCCUCUGCAUCUCCUACCUCUGCAUCUCCGUCAAGCUGCGCAACUGCGUCGUGCCUGGUCACCCCACGCAGAGCCAGGCAGAGGCCCAGCGUGCCCGCAAGCGCAAGAUCUUCCGUUUGGUGACCCUGGUGGUGGCCGCCUUCGGCAUCUGCUGGCUUCCCAUCCACGUCUUCAACGUGCUGCGCGACAUCGACAUCAAUCUGAUCGACAAGCACUACUUCCUGCUGAUCCAGCUGCUGUGCCACUGGUGUGCCAUGAGCUCUGCCUGCUGCAACCCCUUCCUGUACGCCUGGCUGCACGACCGCUUCCGUGCCGAGCUGCGCAAGAUGUUCACCUGUCGCCGCCGCAUCGGGAUUCCCACCAACAACUGUGCCACUGCCAGCGUGGUGCUCUAGCCUCCAGGGGAGUCUGGCGCUCACCGGGACUCGGAGCGCAAUUGAUCACUGACUUGGCACCACAGAAAGCCUGGUACAGUCCCUGGAGUGAGGCUGAAGAGUAGCUGAGAGAAGACACUCUGAGGACCAGAGGCUACAUGUGAAGGUUGGAGAGACUCCAGAGAGUUGUAUACUCAAUCGGGGUCAAAACAGCAAAAGCAUGAGGUGACAGUUAGUCCAGUAACAGCAAAUCAGCCAGGUGGAACACCAUAACAUGGGAUGUAGGAAUUAGGCAAACCGUCGUUGAAUGACUCUGUAAAGGUGCACUGUGUUGAAAACUCUGUACAGUAAAGGGCAUGACGACCCAUUCUCAAUCUCAAUACCAGCAUCUCUAAGCAAAGUGGCCAAAAGACAAACCAUUUAUUUUAUACUGACAAGGCAGACGAUGUACACGUUUAAGACCAGAGGUGAAUGUAUUUCUACAUGUGGAUGUUCAGGAGAGAUGGAAUCGUUUUUGAUGUAGCUCCUUGUGGAAUUUAUUUAGUUAAGUGGAAAGUAUUCUAAGCAGAAGCAGGAAACCAAAAGCAGAGAUGCAGAAAAUAUAAUUAUGAAUAUAUAAAAAAACAACCCCAGUGGAAAUUACAGGAAAGUGGUACAUUUUCUGUGCAAAUAUAAACAAACAAAAGAACAGGCCUCCUGACAUAGCUCAAAGAAAGUCAGGGAGGAAUGUUUACUCUCAGCUGGAGGCAGUCCUGUAUGACCUCUAAACUCCCGACCUUAACAAAUAGCUCACGUGAGAGUCUGCAUCUAUGGUUGCAAAAUACUGGAUACUUGCAGGAAGCAAGAAGCUUGUCCUGUCUUCAAACCACACAAGCUCUGAUCUCCUUAAGUUCCAUUUUAUUGAAAAAUCAGGCAGGGUGAAAAAUCUAGCUCAUGUGAGACACUGUCUGUGGUCGCAGUAGUGAGACUGAACAGAAAGGAAGGAUCAAAUUGUGGGAAAACGUUAACAUUAUCAAUAGAGGCAAAAUCCAAGACUACCAGAAGAACCACUUUAUUCUGUUCCCUUUAUUCAAAGUGUUGAAUAAGAUCAUCAAUAAUAAUAUAAGUAAAUGUCAGAAAGAGGAGACAAACUGGGAGUGCAAAGCUUUAUACAGAAUGAAUAAUUGACUGGAGGCUAUAAAUCAGACAUGUCACCAUGAGAUAAAAACAGCAAGAGGCUUACCUUUCUUAACCAGCUCAUGAUGGAAUGAAGGAAAAGAUGUACAUUGAUAAGCUGCUGAUUUGGAGGUCACAUAUGAACUUCAGCUUUCCUACGGCUGAAAGCAAUGGUGACUUUUCACUGUACCACUGUUACCCCUCCUGACCCUGCUCCCAGCGCUGAUCAGCCGGUUGGCUGAUCCAGAGAGCUCCGUUUUUCUGAGACCCACACAGCUGGGUGAUAUCCGAUCUGUUUCACUAGCUGCAGAGAGGCUCGUGCACACUUAAUGGGCUGCAGUACUGAAAACAAGGAGAGUGAGAACUGUGAAUCAGAGGAAGAAGCUGGUAAAAUCCUUAAUAAAGACUUGAAGGGGAGCCUGAA